GAAAGAGAUCGAAGAAGAAGGCGAAUCAGAGAAACCAAAAAAAAAAAAAACUUUUCUGUGUUCGAACAAGUGUUACGAACAGUUCUUUAUCGUCUUCGUUUGCUGUUUGCUGUUGAUUUUUUAAUCCUCCGAGAAAAUGGGAGUUCGAGAGAAAGAUCCGUUAGCCCAGUUGAGUUUGCCUCCGGGUUUCAGAUUCUAUCCGACGGAUGAAGAGCUUCUUGUUCAGUAUCUCUGUCGGAAAGUCGCAGGCCAUGGGUUCUCUCUUCAAGUCAUCGGAGAGAUCGAUCUUUACAAGUUCGAUCCUUGGGAUCUACCUAGCAAGGCCUUGUUUGGAGAAAAGGAAUGGUAUUUUUUCAGCCCGAGGGACAGGAAAUACCCGAACGGGUCGAGACCCAACAGAGUAGCCGGGUCGGGUUAUUGGAAGGCGACGGGUACCGACAAGAUCAUCUCCGCGGAGGGUCGCCGCGUCGGAAUCAAGAAAGCUCUCGUCUUUUACGCCGGAAAAGCUCCCAAAGGCACCAAGACCAACUGGAUCAUGCAUGAGUAUCGUCUCAUCGAACCUUCUCGUACCAACAAUGGAAGCUCCAAGCUGGAUGAAUGGGUUUUGUGCCGGAUUUACAAGAAAUCCACCGGUGCUCAGAAACAGGUUCCGGGUCAAACAUACCGUGAGCGUGAAGAACACAGUAUGAACGGGUCGUUGUCGUCUUCGGCUUCGCAGCUCGACGACGUCCUCGACUCGAUACCGGAGAUAAACGAACAAUUCUUCAACCUGCCUCGGAUGAACUCGCUCAGAUCGCUUCUCAACGACGACAAAAUCAGCAAUCUCGAUUGGGCAACCUUGGCGGGUCUAAAUCCCGUUCCGGACCUCGUUCCAAAUUACACCGGUAACAACUCGUUCGUGGCGGCAGAUGAGGAGGCGGAGAGUGGGUUGAGGAACUCGGACGGAUUGACUCAUGGUUCUUCCGGAUACAACUGGGUCGAGUCUGGGGUCAACUCGGUCGAGCCUUUCGGGGACGGGUUUUCGAGCCAUGGGUUCUGGUUUAGGCAGUGAUGAUGAGGAUGGAUCAUAUGGAUUGGGAUGUGUGCGGCUAGAGAUGAGAGUGGCAAUUUGUGUAAAUAAUAGGGAAUUGUUUGGGCUAUACUACACAGUUUUUGGGUGUAGCUUUAGGGGUUCCUAAAAAUGGAAAGGGGUUUGGCUUAGUGGGCGGGGGGCCAUAGCUUUGAAGAAUCUUCCCGAUGGGCAAAUGCAUUGUUUGUCCUUUUAUAUUUUUGUUGGUUAGGCUUUGGUAUGUAAUGUAGAUGUGGCUCUAUUUCAAUAAAAAAAAGGAAGAAAAAUAUAAUCUUUUAGUCAGUUAA